CAACUUCACACCCCAAUGUAUCUUUUCCUCAGUAACUUGGCUUUUGUGGAUAUGGGAUUUUCCUCAUCUGUUACUCCUGUCAUGCUCAUUACCUUCCUGGCAGAUGAGACCUCAAUUCCUCUGGGGGGUUGUGUAGCCCAAAUGUGUUCUGCAGCCACUUUGGGAACAGCGGAGUGUUUCCUGCUGGCUGUGAUGGCUUAUGAUCGAUAUAUGGCUAUCUGUAAUCCCUUGCUGUAUUCCACCAACAUGUCUGCUGGAGUCUGCAUGCUGUUACUCAUCGUAUCCUAUGUGGGUGGUUGUGUGAAUGCAUGGAUCUUCAUGGGUUGCUUAUUGAAUCGGUCCUUCUGUGGACCCAAUAAGAUCAAUCACUUUUUCUGUGAUUAUUCCCCACUUUUGAAACUUUCUAACUACCAAGAUGAUCUUGCUGAAAUUCUUCCUGCUGCUUCUGCUGGAUCGGUAAUUGUGAUCACAGUGCUGAUUAUCAUAAUCUCUUAUGUAUGCAUCCUCUUCUCUGUCCUGAAGAUAAACUCCACUGAAGGAAGAUCCAAAGCUUUUUCAACUUGCUCCUCCCACCUCACUGCAGUCACUCUCUUCUACGGGACCCUUACAUUCAUUUAUAUGAUGCCUAAGUCCAGCUACUCACCAGAUGAGAAUAAAGUAGUGUCUGUUUUCUACACUGUAAUGAUCCCCAUGUUGAACCCCCUGAUCUACAGUUUAAGGAACAAUGAAGUAAAAGGGGCCCUGAGAAAACUGAUAAGUAGAAAACGCUUUUUUAAAUGA